UUCAAAACAAUGUUCAAUGAAAAUUGCAGCUGGAAAAUUGGCUUUGAAAUAUGAAAAAAAACAUGAGUGAGCUGAGAGUGGUGAAAGCAACGGUAAACAAAUUAAACAAACGCUCGCCGUAUGAGCAAAUUGGUCUAAGUGCGGGCUGUGGACUGCUAACGGGAUUUCUGCUGCUGCGUGUGGGCAAAGUGGUGGCCGUUGUGGCGGGCUGCAGCAUUUUGGCGGUGCAACUGGCUAUCGAGGCGGAGAUCAUCAUCAUCGACUGGGAAUAUGUGGCCAAGCAGCAAGCCUAUGAGACGGCGCUGAUUCGUAGCGAUGGCAAUGCCAGUCUGCUGACCAAAUUGAAGUCCAUGGACCGAUCCACGGCACGCGUCGCUGUUGGCUUUCUAGCUGGAUUCUUGCUGGGCUUUGGCUUAGCUUAAAUUUAAUACAAAUAAAUGCGCUUGACAAAUUGUAGCCUGGCACACUUGCUAAUGCAUUCAGCGCACACACACACACACACACACACACACACACACACGCAUGCGAGUAGAAAGUUUCAAGGCACAAAAAAGUUGUAACAACAUUUUCAUGCGCUUUUAAACAUUUCAAUUUCCAGGCCACGCAGCAAAAGUAAAUUUUAUGCAUAAGCAAAGUUUUUCUUUCUCUCUUAACCCACCCCCUCCCACAACUGUUAGGCGUGCUGCAAAUAAAUUGUAUGUGACACUGUCGGCUUUUACUUAAGACUCAGCUCUAUAGUGUUUGCAAAUUAAAAUAGAUACGGCAAGAAAAACAUU